AUGUCAAUACUAAACACAUUUACAAUAUUUUUGACAUGUAUGUGCCUGUUUCCUAAUUUGGCAGCUGUAGUGAUGCGUCUCGACUGCACAUAUGACUUCAAUAGCAUAACCAUCAUAAAAUGUUCAUCAGUGGCUGACUACAAAGUGGAGGAUUGCAAAUUUUAUAUUGACACUAAAUUUUCUAAUCACACUGUUAUUAAGAAUGCUACUGAAAUCCACUCGACACGUGAGAAUGGAUUAUACCAGAACAACUGUAAUCUUCAAAUUCCACUUUUGACACUAGGCCCUGGUUUUCACGACAUUUCAGCCAUAAUGAUCCUGGGUACCGAAGAUGGAGGAAAAAUGAACAUGAGUAGUUCAGUUUCGAUAAAUAUAACAUCUGCAUGGGGCUAUCUCGACUGCAAAUAUUACAUUUACAACAGAAUAGCCUUCAUAAAUUGUUCAUCAGUAGCUGACGACAAAGUGGAGGAUUGCAAAUUUUAUAUUGAAACUAGAUUUUCUAACCUUACAGUUAGCGAGAAUGCUACUGAAAUCCUCUCGACACCUGUAAAUGGAUAUUUCCAGAACAACUGUAGUCUCCAAAUUCCACUUUUGAAACUAGGCCCUGGUGAUCACUUGAUUUCAGCCAGAAUGACCCUGGGUACAGAAGAUGGAGGAAAAAUUAACAUCAGUGGUCUAGCCUCGAUAGAUAUAAAAUGUACUUACUUUGGGAAUAAUGGGCUCUAG